GGGAAACUGAGACACAGGGCUGGGCUGUGACUGACCCAUGGUGACAUCACAGGUCUGCCUGGGAUGAAGCUGUUCCUGGCGCUCGCCCUGCUGGGGGCCGUCUCUAGUCGCCGUCUCUCUGAGGGCCCCCUGGAGCAGGAGGUACCAGCCGAGCAGGGCAGCUCCGUUCUGGGGGAGGAGCCUGGGGAGCUGGAGCCACCGGGACCCGAGGAGGGCAAGAGCUUCAUGGGGAGAGGCACACUGGGCCGGAGGCUUCGUUACUCAGUGGUGAUAAAGGACCAGACCUUUCAUGGGGCCAUGAGCGAGUGCAGUCGGAUCUUCAGCGGCCGCCUGGCCUCCAUCCACAGCAAAUCGGCCAACGAGCAACUGCGCGCAGCAGCGUGCGCCCACACCAACCAGGGCCAGGUGUGGGUUGGGGGCAUCACCUCCUUCACGGGUGGACGCGCAUUCUCCCGCUGGAUGGACCACAGCCCUUGGAACUACACAAACUGGGCCAGGGGGAACCCCAGCCGUGCUGGGCAAAACUGUAUCGCCCUGUGCACCGCAGGUGGUCAUUGGAGAAGUGUCAGCUGCAGUACUCGCCUGCCCUUUAUCUGCGAGUACUGAGGGGCCUGCUCCCCACAGGGGGUCCUGCUGCCCACACCGCAAUUGCUGGGACUCCUUGCUCCACCCUGCCGGAGGCGCCCCUGCUCCCUGGACUCGGCUCUGCUCCCAGCCUUGCCCCAGGAGGGGCAGCCCCCGUCCCCUGCUCUCGGUCAUUGCUUGUGACUCCCCACAAUAAAA